CACUGAUGAUUCGGGGCUUAGUCCUGCCCCAGGAGCUGGGGAAGCACCACGGGAGCUGGGGAAGGACCAACCCUUGAACACCCACUUGGAGUUGUAAAGCAGCGAAGGAAGCAAACUGUACCAGCCCCUUCACCCUCCUCCAGCACUCAAGGAAGGUUCAACUCUGGCUCCAUUGAUCCAGCACAAUGAUCUGGAUACUUCAAGUGUUAUUCUCACCGCUCCCAACACCAGCAUUGAUUACUCUUAUUGUAUUUGGAUCUGUCAUCUUCCUGUGGGUAGUAAGCAGGCCAAAACCUGUUUUGCCUCCUGUUGACUUGAACAAGCAGUCAGUAGGAAUUGAGGGAGGAGCCAGAAGAAGUGCACUCUUGACAGAUAAUAACCUGCUUUCUUAUUACUUUGAAGAUGGUAAAACCUUGUAUGAAGCUUUACAGAGAGGACUAUAUAUUUCCGGAAAUGGUAACUGUCUAGGCUACAGAAAACCCAAGCAACCUUAUCAGUGGCUGACAUACAAACAGGUUUUAGACAGAACUCAAUACUUGGGAUCAGGGCUUCUGCAAAAAGGAUGCCAACCAUCAACAAACCAAUUUAUUGGUAUUUUUGCUCAGAAUAGGCCAGAGUGGACCAUUUCAGAGUAUGCCUGCUACACCUACUCAAUGGUUGCUGUUCCACUCUAUGACACCCUGGGGGCAGAGGCCAUUGUAUAUAUUGUUAACAGAGCUGACAUAAGUGUAGUGAUCUGUGACACGCCACAGAAGGCACAGGUCUUGCUUGAGAACUGCGAGCAAAAAAAGACCCCAUGUCUGAAGAUAAUUGUUCUCAUGGAUCUCUUUGAUAAAGAGCUCAAGGACAGAGGAGAUAAAGUGGGACUUGAAAUUCUGUCACUGCAGGAGGUUGAGGAGCUGGGAAAAAACAACAUCAGACAACCAGUUCCUCCUAAGCCUGAUGAUCUUGCUGUUGUGUGUUUUACAAGUGGAACCACAGGUGACCCCAAAGGAGCCAUGCUGACACACCGAAAUGUUGUUUCAAAUGCUGCUUCCUUCCUUAGGUGCACAGAGGGCACAAUUGAGUGUACAAGUUCAGAUAUCGCCAUUUCCUAUCUUCCCUUGGCUCACAUGUUUGAGAGAGUUGUACAGGCCGUGAUGUACAGCUGUGGAGCAAAAGUAGGCUUCUUCCAAGGAGACAUCAAGCUGCUAACAGAUGACAUGAAAACCUUGAAGCCAACGGUGUUUCCAGUUGUACCAAGACUGCUGAAUAGAGUAUAUGACAAGAUCCAGAGUGGUGCAAACAGCCCAGUGAAACGUUGCCUGCUAAACGUGGCUGCGACUAUGAAGAUGGCUGAAUUAAAACAGGGCAUCAUUCGAAAUGACAGCAUUUGGGAUAAGCUAAUCUUCAAAAAAGUUCAGGAGACCAUGGGAGGAAGAGUGCGUAUAAUGGUCACAGGCGCAGCCCCCAUAUCUCCCUCUGUCCUGGCAUUUCUGAGAGCAGCAUUAGGCUGUCAGAUCUUUGAAGCUUAUGGCCAGACUGAAUGCUCAGCUGGAUGCACUUUCUCAAUGCCUGGAGACUGGACAACAGGCCAUGUUGGAACCCCUCUGGCUUGUAAUAUUGUAAAACUAGAUGAUGUGGAAGAAAUGAGCUACUUCUCUUCUAACAAUGAAGGCGAGGUCUGCAUUAAAGGACCAAAUGUGUUCAAGGGUUAUCUGAAAGACCCUGAGAAGACAGCAGAAGCACUUGACAAAGAUGGCUGGCUCCACACUGGAGACAUAGGGAAGUGGUUGCCAAAUGGAACGCUGAAGAUCAUUGACAGGAAGAAGAAUAUAUUUAAACUUGCACAAGGAGAAUACAUUGCUCCAGAGAAGAUAGAAAAUGUCUAUAUUGGAAGUGGUCCUGUAGCCCAGGUCUUUGUACAUGGGGAAAGCCUGAGGUCUUUUCUAGUAGGUAUAGUGGUUCCUGAUCCAGAGACGCUUCCAGAAUUUGCAGCAAAACUGGGAGUAAAAGGUUCCUACGAAGACCUCUGCAAAAAUCCUGCAGUGAAGAAAGCUAUUUUAGAAGAUAUGAUCAAACUGGGGAGACAGGCUGGCCUUAAAUCCUUUGAACAAGUUAAAGAUCUGUACAUUCACACAGAGAUGUUCACUGUAGAAAAUGGACUCUUGACACCAACAAUGAAGGCAAAGCGACCAGAGCUUGUUAAAGUCUUCCAGGAGCAGAUUGAGGCCCUCUAUGCAUCUGCACAGGAAUAAGUGGCCAGUUUAAUUUAAACUGCAUGGAGUAUCCAAAUAAAUCUGUGACACUACAUGACCUGUGGAGGGGAGCAUGGAGAACUCAAAUUUAUUUGUUUCUGGUUUUCUGGAAAAAUGACUUUUGGAUGAAGAUGCAUAUAGCAUAACUGACAACUGGCAGUGUCACAUCCUGCAGGACUAAGAACUGGCUGUCUAGGCAAAGCCAGAACUUUAAUCUUCCUUGGACUGCGACUGAAGUACAAAAACAUGCAAGAGCCUCAGACUUUAAAAGACAGCUGUAUGCACUUCUGAUUGUCAAAAGCAAAUCUUGUUUUCCUGCUCAAACUAUGAACUCCACUGUGACCUGUUGUGGAUUGAUCUGCAAUCAGACUGAACACAAUAUGAAUUGAAGAUAACAUCUGUUCAACAAAUACAGAAGUGAAUUUCCUGUUCCUAGCCCUGGACCACAUGGUACAGGUUGCUUCUAAUGAAAAUAAGUAAUUUGGCAUCAACUGGUUUACAAAGGACAUGUGGCUACAGCAAACAUAGUUUAUACUCUAGUAUGGGAGGCACUGGAUCAGUUUUUGCACGUUUUCAAAUGAAAUGGCAGUGUUAAAGAUUUUUCACUUUUGAAUUUGAGCCUAGGAAAACUUUUGCUGUCAAUCCUAAGGAUAUAGGUUGCAAUAAAUUGUAACUGCACAAUCAAACUAAA